ACAACAAGAACAGGAUUGGCCAAAGGAGGAAAGAAAGGAACUGUUUAGUCCAGUAUCUGUUCUAGAUUGCCCCUUCGAUGAUGAAGAUGACAACUCUCAUUUUGAAGAUGGCUCGCUCCACGCGGGAGGAACAAAACAGAAGUUCAUGCAAAAGCAAAAGGUCCGAAGGAUGGAGGGCUUGGCUCAGCUUGAGCCAGUGGACUUAGAGAAACGAAUCGCAAUGACUGAGCUUGAAGACGAACCAUCACCGCUUGAAUCCCUGGAAGCAGAUGAGAAACUACUUAAGGCAUUGAAAGUGAGAAUCCCAUCGGAGAUGGAUGAUAAGCUGUUGUUGGAUUUAUUUAGGGAGAAGGGGUUGGAAGAUUUUGGGGUUAAUGGGAAUGGUGAGGAUAUGUUUGUAGGAUGGGAGAUGGGGGAAGGCAGAAAAACAUAUCUGAAAGAAAUGGAAAGAAAUGAAAAUUGGAGAAACUUGAAUGAAGAAAACCAAGAUGUGGGAUCAGCUGUAGAGCUUGUGCUAUUCAGUUGGCUGGUGGAUGAAUUAUUAACUGACUUGUUUUGAUUU